CAACCGCGUGUACAGUGCGUCUACCUAUCCCAGAGCUUCACGUUACGGGUGAAUCGAGACGAGAGCUUCUGCAGUUGGAGAGAGAGUUGUGUUGUUUUUGUUGCGUUCGUACUGUUGCUGACACGGUUAAACGUUGUUCGGGCAAAUGAAGUCGACCUGAGUCGUUCUAUUUUCAUUACUAAAUUCUUUAAGGGUUUACUAACUAGUUAAACUGACAAUAUUCGUGAAGAAACCCACCUUCAUUGGAUCAACAAUUGCUGACGCCGAUGUCAAUGAAGUGUUUGCUUUACCUACUGUGAAACCGGAUGUGUGAAUAAUAAUCAAAUCAUGAAAUUGGGAAAAAAUUAGGUUUCUAAACAUGAGUAUGAGAUUGAAAAGUUGACUGUGCAUAACAUCGAUUCGCAGCACUUGUGUAACUGUAUUUUUAAAUAAAAGUUAUUUAUUAUUAACGUAUUUUUUAAAGGUAUAUCUCAGUUAAACAACUUAAUUUUUGCUAGUGUAUUUGUAAGCAAUUAGAUGAAGAAAAGGGGUUUAACCUGCUCAAACUGUAUUCAAUAAUGGAUUAAUAACUGCCAGUCUGUGUGUUUUUUUGUGGUUUAAGUGAAUCGACGUAAACGUACUUUGUAUACCAGCAUAAAGCGCUAAGCCUAAUUUCUAACACUGGACUGUAGUAUUUUAAGCAGAAUGUAUCCAGCUCGACACCCAGUGAGCUCAGCAGCUCUUCCUGUUGCGGGCCCCCCGCCUCAAGCUGGGCAGCCUUUUAAAUUUACUGUUGCUGAUUCGUGCGAUAGGGUAAAGGAAGAAUUCAGCUUUUUGCAAACUCAAUAUCACAGUUUGAAAUUAGAGUGUGAAAAAUUAGCCAGUGAAAAAACGGAGAUGCAAAGACAUUAUGUUAUGUACUAUGAAAUGUCGUAUGGUUUGAAUGUGGAAAUGCAUAAACAGUCUGAAAUUGCAAAGAGGUUAAACGCUAUCAUUGCCCAGAUUUUGCCUUUCCUGUCUCAAGAGCAUCAACAACAAGUAGGUUCAGCUGUAGAAAGAGCCAAGCAAGUCACCAUGACGGAAUUAAAUGCAAUUAUAGGGCAUCAAAUGCAUACACCACAGAUACCUCCGCAUGCUCAUCCACCCCCAAUUCCCAUGAUGCCGUACGCCUCGGCAGCGGCCAUGGCUGGACUCCAGCCACCAAAUAUACCCCCCACCAGUGCAGCUGGUUUAUUAGCCCUUUCCAGCGCCCUGGGCGGAGGAGGACACGGGUCUCACCUAUCGUCCGCUGCUAUGUCUGCUUCCAACCUGAAGGAUCAUAGAGAAGACAAACGCUCCAACAGCGCUCAUAGUUCUGACGACAGACCCAACCGUAUCAGCUACCUGGCAAGAAGUGGCAGUGGUAAUGGAGAACGAAUCCGAAUUGCACAAGGGGACAAAUCCACCACUCCUGUUCCAAAAUCAAUCACUCCAACCAGCUCUGCAGGGAGUACUCCUGGUUCAAGUGGGUUAAAGUCAGUUCCGAAAGGUCCACCAAUUGGUCCUCCAUAUCCUUAUCCUAUACACAGCAACAUGGCUGGAUCUCAUGGGCCAGUUCCAGCUGAACUUGGUUCUAAUGCUGCAUUCUCUCCGAGCAUGUUACACAAUAAUAUUUCACCAUCUCUAAGUUCUUAUCCUCGCUCUUUGGUUGGAAGUUAUGAUCCACACACUGCAUUGAGAAAUGCUGCAGGAUUUGGUCCUGUCACAGGGGGAAAACCGACCUAUUCAUUCCAUGUCAGUGCAGAUGGUCAAGUGCAACCAAUCCCAUUUCCUCCAGAUGCACUCAUUGGCCCAGGCAUUCCCCGACAUGCUCGCACAAUCAACACUCUUAGUCAUGGAGAAGUUGUGUGUGCUGUAACGAUUAGUAAUCCCACCAAAUAUGUCUAUACAGGAGGAAAGGGUUGUGUUAAGGUGUGGGAUAUAAGCCAGCCUGGUAGCAAAAGUCCAGUUUCUCAACUUGAUUGCUUGCAACAUGACAAUUAUAUUCGUUCUUGCAAGCUCUUGCCUGAUGGACGAACCCUCGUUGUAGGGGGAGAAGCCAGUACCAUUUCUAUUUGGGAUCUUGCUGCUCCAACACCACGUAUCAAGGCUGAACUGACAUCUAGUGCCCCUGCUUGUUACGCUCUCGCUAUCAGCCCGGACUCCAAAGUCUGCUUCAGCUGCUGUAGUGAUGGAAACAUUGCUGUAUGGGAUCUUCAUAAUGAAAAACUUGUCAGACAGUUUCAGGGCCAUACAGAUGGUGCUAGUUGUAUAGAUAUAUCCAGUGAUGGAACUAAACUGUGGACAGGAGGGUUAGAUAAUACAGUACGUUCAUGGGACCUCAGGGAGGGCCGUCAGUUACAGCAGCAUGACUUUACAUCUCAAAUUUUCUCCCUUGGUUACUGUCCAACUGGAGACUGGUUAGCAGUAGGCAUGGAAAGUAGUAACGUUGAGGUUCUACACUGUUCAAAGCCAGACAAGUAUCAGUUACACCUUCACGAAAGUUGUGUCCUUUCUUUGAAGUUUGCAUAUUGUGGGAAGUGGUUUAUCAGCACAGGUAAAGAUAAUCUUCUAAAUGCAUGGAGGACACCUUAUGGAGCCAGUAUUUUACAGUGCAAAGAGACUUCAUCUGUGCUCAGUUGUGAUAUAUCGUGUGAUGACAAGUAUAUUGUGACAGGAUCCGGAGAUAAAAAGGCAACCGUGUAUGAAGUGAUUUACUAAGACUUGAGAAAUACUUUUCUCACAGGAAACGAUAUGGAGUUUUUUUUUGACAGUUCUACAGGUCUCUCAGAGAAGAACGUACUGCUACUCAGGAAUAUUGGAACCGAAAGAGACCGCAAGUACUUAUGGGGGGGAGGACUUUUGGAAUCAGUCUAAUUUUGCUUUUAUCAACUGAGAUAUAAAAAUAUUCAUGCCAUUAAGUUCUGUACAGAGCUAAAGAAAUUGGUAAUGGAUAGAAAUUUGUUUUUCCAACCUUGUGACUCUUGAACGAUCUUGUAUACCAAAGAACCACUUUUUUAUUGCAAUUGUGCUCCGUGCAGAAUAGGGGAUCUUAGAAUAAUCUUUCAAAAAAAUGUCUGCUGGAUAUUUUGGGAUGGGGGUGGGGGCUUUUACGAUCAGAAACACCUCAUUUAAUUACUGUGGAUAUUAGACUCUGCAUUCCUAACUUGUGUCACCCUGUUUCACAGACAAAUGAGUUGUUUUAAAUAUAAGUGUCAGAAGUUAUUGUUCAUAUCAAUUGCCCAUUUUGAUGUGAAUAAAUAUUUUUAUUUCAAGCCUUU